AUGGCUCAACAGCCCCUUCCCACGUCUAUGCAGCCCACUGACAUCUAUGGAGGAGAUGAGGUUUCUGCCCUCGUUCUUGAUCCUGGAUACUGCUAUACUCGAGCUGGAUUCGCCGGCGAAGAUGUUCCUAAAUCUAUCCUCCCAUCGUUUUACGGCCACACAACCGGCGACAGCCCUAAAGACCUGUUUGGUGAUGAGUGCCUCAUCCCUCGCCCCGACUUCGAAGUCCGCAACUACAUGAAUAAGGAUAGUGUAGUGGAGGAUUGGGAUGUUGCUGCUCGAAUUUGGGAAAACAUGCUUGUUAAGCGCUUGCAACCCGAACGACAAACACCUCCCUCGAAGAACGGUCUAAACGACGACCCCAAGGCAGAAGGCCAGGAUGGAGAGGGCGAUGUGGCCAUGGACGACGCCGAUGCUGCCGAAUCUGCCGAGAAGCCGUUGGGCGAGAAUCCCCUCUUGAUUACAGAGGCUCCCUGGAAUACACCCAAGGCUCGUGAGAAGGCUAUUGAGAUCAUCAUGGAGAACUGGGGGUGCCCUGCCUUCUGGCUGAGUCGCACUCCCGUGUUGGCAGCAUUCGCCGCUGGCAAAGCUACCUCACUAGUUAUUGACGUGGGCGGUGCCAACACCUCGGUCACAGCUAUCCACGACGGCAUGGUGCUGAAGCGAUCUAUCCAGAAGUCUCCCGUUGGUGGCAUCUGGCUCUCUUCUCAGAUCCGAAAUCUCUUUGAAGCUUCAGAGCCCAAAAUCGAGCUGACACCCACCUUCAUGAUCGAGAACAAGACACCUGUCGACGCCCUGGCACCUCCUUCAGUCCGACUACGACACUUCCCCUUCCAGAUUAACGAUUCAUUCCGCGCAUAUGAGGAAGAGCGUGUGUUGACGGAAUUCAAGGAGUCAGUAGUAGAAGUCUGGCGAGGCCCCGGUCGUUACAGUGUUUCCGGCAAUGAGGAUUAUGUUAAGACGCAACCCGGCCGGGUGUUCGAGAUGCCAGAUGGUUACAACCAGAUGUGGCGCGAGCAGCGGUUCAGAGUGACAGAGGGCAUGUUUGACGAGACCGUCGGAUACAAUGGCUCUGACUCUGAGCAACUCACCAAAGCGCAAACCAUCCCCGAGCUUAUCCGCUCUGCUUUGAACGCGGUUGACGUCGAUCUUCGAGGCAACCUCCUGGCUAACGUCGUCGUAACUGGCAGCACCAGUCUGGUUAACGGGUUCAACGACCGCCUGAACAACGAGUUGAUGGCGAUGUAUCCUGGGCUCAAGAUCAAGAUUCAUGCGGCAGGCCUCACGAGUGAGCGACGCUUCGGUGCCUGGAUCGGCGGUAGCAUUCUCGCUAGUCUGGGCACUUUCCACCAGAUGUGGAUUUCGCGAAAGGAGUACGAGGAGAAUGGACCUAAUGUUGUUGAGAAGCGAUGCAAGUAA